CCGGAAAUCGUCGAGGUAUGUAUGCUAUGCGUUUUCUUCUUCGGGUUCUGAAGCCUCACAGCUAGCCUGGGAGAGCAAUCAUUCUUGCCUGAGAUUCAACUUACUUUUCUUGAAAUAAAAGGGGGCGAGUUGUUUGUUUUCUCUGGGCAGGAUGAUACGCUUCUCUCAUCGCGGCCGGGCUGAAGAACCUUUCUGUCAUGAAGGGCACUCUUUACGCUCGCAGGCUACUGGUGGCUGACUUUUUUUCAUCUCCCUUUGCUAUUACCAUGAUCUCGUCCAGAGGUUAGUGUGUAAUAGUGAUUGGACGAAUUUGAUUUUUAGAUACCUCAUUUCUUUGCAAUCAGCCAAAGUUUCGAUCUGAGAAUCUCGAUCCGCCGCCAAAAUGGUCAAGACCUCCGUCCUCAACGAUGCGCUUAACGCCAUCAACAACGCCGAGAAGUCCGGCAAGCGCCAGGUCAUGAUCCGCCCUUCUUCCAAGGUCAUUGUCAAGUUCCUCAGCGUCAUGCAGAAGCACGGCUACAUUGGCGAGUUCGAGGAGGUCGAUGACCACCGCUCCGGCAAGAUCGUCAUCCAGCUGAACGGCCGCCUCAACAAGUGCGGUGUCAUCAACCCCCGCUACCCCGUCCAGCUCCGUGACCUCGAGAAGUGGACCGUCCAGCUCCUUCCUUCUCGUCAGUUCGGCUUCGUCGUCCUGACCACCUCCGCUGGUAUCAUGGACCACGAGGAGGCCCGUCGCAAGCACGUCUCCGGCAAGCUCCUUGGCUUCUUCUACUAGACAAAGAUUUUGUCUCGGGUCACCAAAAAUUCUUAGCGAGAAAAAAAAAGUUUUUGUUUCUGCAGCGGAAUAGCGAUGAUUUGGUCAGGGAUUCAUGAGCGAGGAUGGGAUUUUUCUUGAUUUUCUGUGUUCUUUCUCACAGCAGAAAAGUCUUGCGAUGAUGCAUUACGGAUUAUACCCCCCUUUGGCAACCUAUGUAUGUCAUAGAUAGUCUACAGAGCGAAGUACUUACUCUAUCUCCGAGCCAAAUCAUGCUUUCCG